GUUUGAUCUUGAGGUGUGAAUGAAGGAGUAUCUGAUCUGUUGAGAUGGAGUCGAGUUGAUUCAGGGGCCGUCAGCGCGCGGGUCUCGUGUCGGAUACCACUCCGCACACCUCCCAGCUACAUCGCGAGUGUAUCUCGACAUCAAUCUCUCUUAUAUACUGCUGAGUCUCUUGUAUACUACUGAGUAGAGUAGAGAACUCGAUGGACGUGCAGAUGCAGGACGCAGCGCAGCGUGCGUUUGAGAUUGAGAAUAACAUCGAGACCGUCGACGCAGCGCGCGAUGCAAUCUACCAGUUCGACGAGGCCGCCAACCGCGAGAUUCUCAAGGCGAAGCCGUGGGUUACCGAUGCACAGUACUUCAAACGCGUGCGGAUAUCAGCGAUCGCGCUGCUCAAGAUGACGAUCCACGCCCGCUCAGGCGGCGCGAUCGAGGUGAUGGGCAUGAUGACCGGCAAAGUGGUCGGCGACUCCUUCGUCGUCAUGGACGCGUACCCUCUACCGGUUGAAGGCACCGAGACCCGCGUCAAUCCGCAGGCCGAGGCGUAUGAGUACAUGGUGGGUUACAUCAGCACGCUGCAUAGUCUCGGACGCAAGGAGAAUAUCGUCGGGUGGUAUCAUUCGCAUCCGGGAUACGGGUGCUGGCUUUCGGGAAUCGAUGUCGGCACGCAGAGUCAGAAUCAGCAGUAUCAGGACCCGUUCCUAGCUGUUGUCAUCGACCCCAACCGCACCAUCUCCGCCGGCAAAGUAGAAAUCGGCGCCUUCCGCACCUACCCCGAAAACUACAAACCCCCCGGCGCGCAAGAAUCAGAGUACCAAACCAUCCCGCUCGCAAAGAUGGAAGACUUUGGCGCCCACGCAAGCCAGUACUACCAGCUCGAGAUCAGCCAUUUCAAGUCCUCGCUCGACACAAGACUGCUCGAGUUGCUCUGGAACAAGUACUGGGUCUCCACGCUCUCGCAGUCGCCGCUGCUGACGAACCGCGAGUACGCGUCGCAGCAGAUGCUGGAUUUGAGUAGAAAGAUUCCGAAAGCAGAGAGCGCGAUCGCGUCUGGGUCGGCCUCGGCGUCGGCGGGGUUGGCGGCGCAGGGGCGCGCGGGUAGACAGAGGAAAGAAGGCGACGAGUCGGAGCUCGAUAAGAUCCUGCGGGAUACAAACAAGAUCGCGUCUGAGGAGAUCCAUGGGCUGUUGUCGCAGACGGUUAAAGAUCGGAUUUUUAAUAACUUGAAAACAGUCGCUUAGCUUAUAGUGGUA